AUUAAGAUGUCUGAACCAUCCAAGACUAGUUCUAAGAAGACUUCCUGAAGCAAAACCAAAGAACCUAAAAGAUCUGAGUUCAGAAUGGUGUGCAAUGAUAUUAUCGCCAGCACCUUUGCUGGUGUUAUCGGCGUGGCUGCCACACACCCCAUUGAUACGGUUAGAAUUCGGAUGCAACUUCAAGGUUCGAAUCUAUUAGACAAAUCAGUCCAAACUAAUCAGUAUAAGACAUCUUUCCACUGAGCUUACAAAGCCAUUCAAAGAGAAGGGAUCAAGGGUCUGUUCAAAGGAGUUCUGUCAAACUCUAUAAACACUGCCUCAAUCUUUUGUAUCUGAUUCACAUCAAAUGCUUUUGCCCACAGAAUGAUUGAUGGGGUAAAUAUUAGUGAAGGGUGGAAGUCACUCUACUGAGGGCUAUUUGCAGGCUUCGCAGGUUGCAUCACAACUGUUCCAGCUGAACUACUGAAAUGAAGGGCUCAAGCAAACAAACAUAAAUUCAUUAACUAUAGGAAAACAAUCAGAUCUAUAGUACAAACCAAAGGAGUCACCGGUCUUUACCAAGGAUUCUGGGUCACUGUCAUCAGGGAUGUCCCAUGCACAGGGAUGUACUUUUGGACAUACGAAACCCUGACCCGGUAUCUUAUAAAAGAAGACGACUCUCGCAGAAGAAAGUACUUUAUUAAAGCCAUGUCUGGAGGAAUAGCAGGGAUUAUGGAUUGGGUCCCCACAUAUCCUUUCGAUGUCGUUAAAACCAAGAUCCAGGUACAUGAGGGCAAGAAAGCUCCUGGGAUUCUUGAAACCGCUAAGAAGUACUAUAAAAAACAAGGCGCCAGGUUCUUCUUCAAAGGUGUUCUUCCAACCUGAACCUUAGCUUUUUGAGCUAACUCAAUUAUCUGGGUGCUAUACGAAGAGAUUAUCGAUUUGCUUGGUGGAAGUGAAUACUAA